AUGCCUCCCAAGUCCAAGACCGUCCGUCCCGCCCAGGAGAACAUCUCCUUGGGUCCCCAGGUCCGCGAGGGCGAGCUCGUCUUCGGCGUUGCCCGUAUCUUCGCCUCCUUCAACGAUACCUUCGUCCACGUCACCGAUCUUUCCGGCCGUGAGACCAUCUGCCGUGUCACUGGUGGUAUGAAGGUCAAGGCCGACCGUGACGAGUCCUCCCCCUACGCUGCCAUGUUGGCUGCCCAGGACGUCGCUACCCGCUGCAAGGAGCUCGGCAUCACUGCCCUCCACAUCAAGAUCCGUGCCACCGGUGGUAACGGCACCAAGACCCCCGGCCCCGGUGCCCAGUCUGCCCUCCGUGCUCUGGCCCGUUCCGGCAUGAAGAUCGGCCGCAUUGAGGACGUCACUCCCACGCCCUCCGACUCUACCCGCAGAAAGGGUGGUCGCCGCGGUCGUCGUCUCUGA